AUGUGGAUGCGUAUGCACCCAGUCGAGCGCUGGACCUCGCUCGUGGAUCUUGGCCGGCGUGCCGCGUACUUGAUCGAGAAGCCUGUUCAGCUGUCGUCGUCGGCAGCGCGUGAUGUGGCGGUCAAGUCCACGCCGAUCUCCAGCGACGACCGUGGCAACACAUCGGUGCUAGGGAGUGCAGACCCAAAGGUGCGCUUCACAUCGGAGGCGACAGAGGCACAUUGGCAGCUGUCCCAUGCGCUUCCCUACGCCGCACGCCUCCAUCUGUGCCUUUCGGGGCUUCUGUGGAUUCGCUGCUUGCAGGAUGUGCAGGACACACUGGCGCGGGUGCGGCUGCCGUUUGCCGCGGUGCGACGCCCAGAGCGAUACGCCGUGGCGGACGUCUUUCCAACCCGCUUGAGGGAAUACUGGGUCGAUGCGCACACCACCGUGUCGACAAAGAUGAGCGCGCAACUGAACUCGACGGCGGAGCAGAUCCCGGCGCCGCACGCGUGGGACGCUGAGACGUCGGAAACCAUCGAGGACGCAGCGACAGAGGCCACAAUGACGGUGGAUGCGGGCCGCGUGUUGCAUGGGCACCACCAAGCCCGGCUAAGCGGAAAGGCGCUCUUGCACCAGGUACAGGGGCUGCAGCCGCGGGCGAGUGUUGAGGACGACAUAGCAGUUCGACUGACGGGCAAAGGGUCACCGAGUGGUCGCAGCCGUCGCCGCCGUCGGCUGCCGAGUGUAUCGUCGCUAGCGCCCAAUGCCCUCUCCGUGAAGUCGGCCCCCGCGUCUUCGGCGUGGGCGGGCUCACUUGAGUUUGCCUCUGAUGCAUCUCGCCACGUGCCGCCGGUGUCGCUGGAGCCGGAGCCGCUCGAGGACGCAGCGUACCACGGCAACGCCAACCGCGGCGAGGGUUGCCCGCUGAACCAAGACGGAAAGGCGUCGCCGACGCCCAUCUUCAUCUGCGUCCCACACGACGUGCACAGUGCCGCCGUCUGUCCCGGAGGCGCGCUGCCGACAGAGGCGGAGCUUCUCGUGCGGUACUGCGUUAUGGCGCACGCUGCGGUUUUAUCCAGUCUGUUUAUCGAGGGUCGUGUGGUGGACUUCUGCAGCAACCACCCGCUGGUAGUCGCCUACGUGCGAUGGCUGCUCGACGAGCUUGUGCUGGCGCAUUUUGUGUCCGUGUCCUUGCUAGCUGAGGCUGAGGUGGCUGCGUACCGACCGUAUUAUCCACCCUGGUGCUGGCGCAGUGUACUCGUGCUGAUGCCCCCGAAGCACUGCGGCGGCUACUCAGCCGUGCUGCUGCGAGACUGGGCUGCACGCAUCGUACAGGCUGCCCCGUGUUCUGUACUGGUGGAAGGCAGUGCGGAUGCAGGGUACGUAAGGCAGCUGAAGGAGGAGGUGCGACUGCUGCAAAGCGCUCUUGAUGACGCAGAGGGCAUGAGGGCGGUGGCGUGGGUGGCGGUGGGCGUUACGGUUCCCGUGGAAACUGCGCCAAGAGAGAGCGCCGCCAGCGUGGCUGGGGCAGCUGUCAGUGACAGCAACCACAACGGCAAAGAGGAAGCGAAGGUGCCGCAGUUCCAACCGCAGCGCUGCCCUAGAGCCGCUCCCUCGUUAUCAGCGUUCGUCUCCGGGGCUACCUUGGCAUCCGCUCGGUGGUUAGGCGGGUGGCUCCAGCCAGGGCCAUGCGAGGCGACCGCUCAUAGCACUUCCCGUCACGCGGCCUUUCUCGAGACGGUGCGGGAGACGCUGGAGAAUCGCUGCUACACCUGUGAGGUACUCUACUCACCAGCCCAGUCAUGCCUGACCCCCUACCGCUUUGAGAGAUGGGUGUUGGAGCAGCUUCCUGGCAAUGUGCGCGUUGUCGGCAUCAACACAUCCCCCCUCGAUGUACUGUACUUCUUUCCUCAGGGCGUGUUUCUGAGCCAGAAGGUUGGCAAUGCCUUUCGCUACCGAGCCGUGGAGAGAACAGUGGUGGCGAAGGAUGUGAUUCCUUCCUGGAGGACACAUCCAGUGCGGUAUGCGGUGACCCGGCUGAAGCGGCUGAGCCGGCGUUGGAGAAGGCGGGGCGAUGAUGUGGCGAGUGGCCUGCACGCCGAGUUCUCGCCAUCGGAUCUCGCCGAGCUGAGGCGCGCCGCGCGUGCUGUAGCCCUCUCAACCCCUACUCCCGAUGCAGCGCCGUGCAGUGAUGUUGAGGGCAUCCCACCGGAAACUUCGGCAGAGAAGGCGUCACAUGCGCUCGUUCGCGAGCGCACGGUAGAGUACCUGGCUGAACCUUCAAAGAAGACGCUGCUAGGGUUGGCAGUGGCGCGCUUCUUCCGCGUCUAA